UCAGUUGUCUCAGAACCACCGCGUGUGACACGUUGGUGUUGAGUGCUGUUAUCGAAAAAAAACUACGAAUACAAAUCGAUCAUAAAAGAACAGUAUCUUUUCGUCUAAUCCUAUCGAAAUCUUUGAAAUAUCAAAAACCAUCGAAACACGUCAUACUUAUUUUUUUUGAAUCGUACGUAAUUUAAACGUUUUGAGAAAUAUAAUUGUGGAUAACUGAAGAGAGCUUCGGAGUUCCGGGUUUCUCCGGUAUCCUCGUGCGUCUCUGUCGAUCAGCUUGCUCUCUUUUGCCCCUGGCUUGUGUCUUUUUCUCGCUGCAGUCCAAAACUAUAUACUUAAAUUUUUGUUGGUGCGUGCGAACACAUUGAGAACGCGCGCGCGCGCGAAUGUUGAAAAGUGUAUUUCCUUCACCGCCUAAAAAAAUAUACAUUUUUCAUUAGUGCGUGACGUGAAAAAGUUGAGAGUGUGCCUUAUGAAUGAGGAAUUCCUGGGAUUUCGGAAACGAGAACUAUCGAAAGAGGACAAACGAUAAACACACUUUCAAGGAAAUCUCCACCGAGUUUUAAUAGCAGCAGUGUACGCUUUAUCGCUUCGUGCGUGUGUGCAAUAAAGAGAAAAGUAUCAAAAGCUCCAGAGGAGAGUAAUAAAAACGAAUCGAGCAGAGUUGUGUGUGCACACACAUAAUAACAACAAUAUCGUCGUUGGUCAGCGAGUUUUUGGAGAACUCAAGAGUUCUCGUGGCGCUUUGACAUUGGCUUUCCGAAUAACACACAAAUUAUACUCUCCUCGGUUGGAUAAGAGUAUACAAGAUUUUUUUUUCACUCGCCUGUUUUCAUUCCUUAUAAACAAGUAACGAAGAAUAAAAAAAACCCGAUAAUCGUUAGAUGUAGUCAUCACGAAAACAUCGAACUCUUACAAAAAGCUUCCUCCCUAUUAUUUCGAGUUCGGUGCUUCAAAAAUGUCGUGAGCCUUGCGCGUGCUACUGUGGAAAUGAAAGUCUCGAAAGGAGCAGGGACACCGAAAUGAGGCUCGAAGUAUCGGACUGAGGUGAACCUCCCGAGGCUCCACAUUUGUUGGAGAGUCGUAAAGAGUGUCUGUCCGGAUACGUCAAGAAAAUGGGUGAGAUACUGGGAUCGGCGAGUUUUCUACACCUCGGCGACAUCGUCAGUUUGUACGCCGAGGGGAACGUCUCCGGGUUUCUUUCCACGUUGGGUUUGGUGGACGAUCGAUGCGUCGUUUGUCCCGAAGCCGGGGACUUGAACAAUCCACCGAAAAAAUUUCGAGAUUGCCUCUUCAAAAUAUGCCCCAUGAACCGGUAUUCGGCUCAGAAACAGUUCUGGAAAGCCGCUAAACAGAGCGCGAGCUCAUCCACCGAUGCUGUUCUGCUGAAAAGACUUCACCAUGCCGCAGAGAUCGAGAAAAAGCAAAAUGAAUCGGAAAAUAAGAAGCUGCUGGGGAGCGUCGUUUCCUACGGAAACGUCGUUCAGUUACUUCAUCUCAAAUCAAACAAAUACCUGACGGUGAACAAAAGACUUCCGGCGUUAUUGGAGAAGAACGCGAUGAGGGUUUAUCUCGACGCGAACGGUAACGAGGGUUCCUGGUUGUACAUAAUGCCGUUUUACAAAUUGCGAAGCGACGGCGACAGCGUGGUUGUUGGUGACAAGGUCAUAAUGGAGCCGGUGAAUGCCGGAAGGCAGGGAUUGCACGUCGCAGCGAAUUACGAGUUGAGCGAUAAUCCAGGAUGCAAGGAGGUCAACGUAGUGAAUUCUUCUACUUCCUGGAAAGUCACACUUUUCAUGGAACACCGGGAGAACCAAGAGGAGAUUCUCAAGGGUGGCGAUGUCGUCAGACUCUUUCACGCUGAGCAGGAAAAGUUUUUGACCAUGGACGAGUACAAAAAGAAGCAUCACGUGUUUCUCAGAACGACUGGAAGGACGAGCGCUACCGCUGCCACCAGCAGCAAAGCCCUCUGGGAGGUCGAAGUCGUUCAACACGACCCUUGCCGCGGGGGCGCCGGCCACUGGAACUCUCUGUUUCGAUUCAAACAUCUCGCUACUGGACAAUACUUGGCUGCUGAAAUCGACACCGAUGAACCACGAGAAACCACCAAAGGCAAACGAGAAAUACCGGGACCUGUUUACCGGCUCGUAUCCGUGCCGCACAGCAACGAAAUAAGCUCAUUGUUCGAACUCGAUCCGACCACUUUGACUCGAGGUGAUUCUCUUGUGCCUCAGUCCUCCUUUGUUCGACUUCAUCACAUUUGUACCAACACUUGGGUGCACUCAACCAGCGUCCCUAUAGAUAAGGACGAUGAAAAGCCUGUUAUGUCGAAGGUCGGAUGUGCAAUAAACAAGGAGGACAAGGAAGCAUUUGCCCUGAGAUCCGUUUCUCCCGUUGAAGUUCGUGACCUCGAUUUCGCCAACGACGCUUGCAAAGUUCUCGCUGGAAUGAGUGGAAAACUUGAGACAGGAACUAUUUCGCACAACGAGAGACGCGCUGUUACGAGUCUUCUUCAGGAUAUCGUUUAUUUCAUAGGUUGCUUGGAAAACGAGCAAAACAAAUCCGAAGCUCUCGAACUCAUAGUCGUUAAUGCCAAUAGGGACAGACAAAAAUUACUCAGGGAACAAUACAUUCUUGGACAAUUAUUUAAAAUACUUCAGGCACCGUUUUUGGAGUCAGCCGAAGGCGAGGGACCUUUCCUUCGGAUCGAAGAGCUCAGUGAUCCCAGACACGCUCCUUAUAAAUAUAUGUUUCGACUCUGUUACCGUAUACUCAGGCUUUCCCAGCAAGAUUAUCGAAAAAAUCAGGAAUACAUAGCAAAACACUUUGCCUUUAUGCAGAAGCAAAUUGGUUACGAUAUUCUCGCCGAGGACACGAUAACGGCGCUUUUACAUAACAACCGUAAAUUACUCGAGAAGCACAUUACCGCUGCUGAGAUUGAGACAUUUGUUGGUCUCGUUAGAAAAAAUAUGCACAAUUGGGAGUCUCGUUUCUUGGAUUAUCUUUCGGAUCUGUGCAUAUCGAACAAAAAAGCUAUCGCCGUUACUCAAGAAUUGAUCUGCAAAAGUGUUCUGAGCGAUAAAAACAAAGAUAUAUUGAUAGACACGAGAAUAAUGAAAACUCGUGUAGAAGUGGAGGAGGAAGACAUUGACGGCAGGCCUGAAAACGAAGAGCCUCACAUAACAAUAAUCGAAGAGCUCGAAGUUUGGCUGCUUUGGAAUGAUGCAACGAGAUCGAUGUCCCUUGGCGAAUUAUCGAGAGGUGCUAAAAUGGGAAAUGUCGAAGAUGCUGCGAUCCUCGAUUACUAUAGGCAUCAGCUCAAUUUGUUCAGCAACAUGUGCUUGAAUCGUCAGUAUUUGGCGUUGAAUAAUCUUUCGCCACAUUUGGACAUCGAACUUAUUCUCAAAUGUAUGGAAGAUGAGACGGUUCCUUACGAUUUAAGGGCUUCGUUCUGUAGACUCAUGUUGCAUUUGCACGUUGAUCGUGAUCCUCAAGAGCCUGUGACUCCAGUGAAAUAUGCGCGGCUUUGGUCCGAAAUCCCAUCCAAAAUGAGCAUCAAUGAUUACGACACGAAUAAAAUGCCUGACGAGAGUAAGGAAGCCGUUCGCGCGAGAUUCAAUUCUACGAUUGUGUUCGUCGAGGAUUAUUUAUGCAAUGUUGUUGCAAAAAUGUGGACGUUUGCUGAUCAGGAACAGAACAAACUCACAUUCGAGGUUGUGAAGCUCGCUCGCGACCUCAUAUACUUCGGGUUCUACAGUUUCAGCGAUCUUUUAAGAUUAACAAAAACACUGCUAAACAUAUUGGAUUGCGUGUCCGAAAGCGAUUGCACCGAUGGAAAGAUACCAACAGGUGAAAUUGAUUCUGAGAUGAUGGAUUCGGAGGAACAAGCCGAAGGCGGUGUUUUACGUUGCAUCGGUGACAUGGGCGCCGUCAUGACGAGCCUGACACUCGGGACAGCGGGUCAAGUGAUCGCCGGAAGUACCUCAUCCCCAAGACCAAAGCCCUCAACGAAAAAGGAAUAUCCUCUAGUCAUGGACACGAAACUUAAGAUUAUCGAGAUAUUACAAUUCAUUCUCGAUGUACGAUUGGACUAUCGAAUCUCUUGUUUGCUGAGCAUUUUCAAGCAGGAAUUCGAUGAGAAUGAAAAAAGCUCGGGCGACGUCAACCUCGGACACAAAGGUAUCGACCUGGAAUCGAUCGGUACACAAGCCGAAGGGAUUUUUGGUAGCAGCGACGAGUGUGUCGCUCUCGAUCUUGAUGGUCAGGGAGGUCGAACUUUUCUCAGAGUUUUAUUGCAUCUUGCUAUGCACGAUUAUCCGCCUCUCGUUUCGGGAGCUUUGCACCUCCUGUUCCGACACUUCAGUCAACGACAGGAAGUGUUGCAAGCAUUCAAACAGGUACAACUGCUCGUUUCGGACAGCGAUGUCGAAUCAUACAAGCAAAUAAAAUCAGACCUCGACGUCCUUCGGCAAUCGGUUGAAAAGUCUGAACUCUGGGUGUACAAAUCAAAGUUAACGGAAGAGCACGGUGGUAAAAAGAAAAAAAGCAACAAGGAGGACGAGGACGAAGGAACGACCCCGCGCAAAGCACCGCCUCAACUUUCUUCCUUGGAAAAACAGGGUUCUGCGAUAGAUCUCGACGUUGGUCCGCCUCUUCACGCGGAUCAGGCCGAAGAAUACAAAAAAAUUCAGCAAAUCUUGAUAAGAAUGAACAAACUGUGCAUUCAAGUUUUGCCCGGUGGUCAAACGAAGCCUCGCAAGCACGAGCAGAGAUUGCUCAGAAACGUCGGUGUUCACACCAUUGUCCUGGAUUUGCUUCAAGUUCCUUUCGACGCCAAAGAGGAUGUUAGAAUGAACGAACUCAUGCGUCUGGCUCAUGACUUUUUGCAAAAUUUUUGCCUCGGAAAUCAACAAAAUCAAGUUUUGUUGCACAAACAACUGGAUCUCUUUCUCAAUCCUGGAAUCAGGGAAGCCCAGACAGUUUGUGCCAUUUUUCAGGACAAUUCGACACUGUGCAACGAAGUCAAUGCCAAAGUCAUUCAACACUUUGUACAUUGCAUCGAAACGCAUGGUAAACACGUCCAAUACCUGAAAUUUCUACAAACUAUCGUCAAAGCGGAAAAUCAAUUUAUUCGGAAGUGUCAAGAAAUGGUGAUGCAAGAGAUGGUUCAGGCAGGCGAAGAUGUUCUUGUUUUUUAUAACGAUAGAGCUUCUUUCAACCAUUUCGUGGAAAUGAUGAGGUCUGAGAGACAUCGUAUGGAUGAGAGUAGUCCGCUGAGAUAUCACGUUGAAUUGGUGAAGCUACUCGCUUGCUGUACAAUGGGAAAGAAUGUAAAUACCGAAAUAAAAUGUCACAGCUUGCUGCCGUUGGAUGACAUCACAGCGAUGGUUUGUCAUCCGGAUUGUCUUCCAGAGGUGAAAGAGGCUUAUAUAAAUUUCCUCAAUCACUGUUACAUCGACACCGAAGUUGAGAUGAAAGAGAUUUAUACGUCGAAUCACAUGUGGUCGCUGUUUGAAAAAUCUUUCAUCGUUGAUAUGGGUCUCAUUGCGACUUCUACUCACGAUCGAAAACACGCUGAUAUUUCGCUCGAAAAUUACGUCACUAAUUGCCUGAUGAACAUCAUAACGACUUUCUUUAGUAGCCCCUUUUCCGACCAAAGCACAACAGUACAGAAGUUCAUCGAAAUGGAGAAACAUCUUCAUGAGGCCAGAUUGUUCUGGAGUCUUAAGGAUUGCAACAGGAACAGCGAGACUGAUCUUUCGGGCUAUACGAGACAACCGAUAUUCGUGCAAUUGCUACACGCUGCGUUCAAAGUGUCCGAGUGCGCUUGGCUCAAUGCGGGGCAACGCUUCAGCGUUGAAAAUUGUAUUAGAACACUGUCCGAUGUCGCCAAAGGCCGAGGAAUUGCGAUCCCGACCGAUUUGGAGAGUCAAGUCGCGACGAUGUUCAACAAAGCUGCAAUGCUCAGUCGACAAACCAGCAAGUGGCUUCAGGCGGCGAAACAACCGAAAGUUGAACGCAGCCAAAGUCAGUUGAUGCGUCUGGAUCGGAGUAUAAUAGAGGGUUUGCAGGACAUAGUUUCGUUGCUGGAGGAACAAUUAAAGCCUUUGGUACAGUCGGAAUUAUCUCUGCUCGUUGACAUAUUAUACCGACCCGAAUUGCUGUUUCCAGCAGCGACCGAAUCACGGAAAAGAUGUGAGAACGGUGGCUUUAUUCGAAGGUUGAUAAAACACACGGAAAGACUUCUCGAAGAAAAGGAGGAAAAAUUGUGCGUAAAAGUGCUGCGAACUCUCCGAGAAAUGAUGGCUAUCGAUCCAGAAUACGGUGAAAAGAAGAUUGAGGACAUUUUGGAGCAGGCGUCAGAAAAGGAGAAGGAGAACGAAUCGCGUUCGGGGACAGAAGUUACUGAACAAAUUGAUGUCCCGCAAAUGACCCAGCAACAGAGGGGCGACGCGCUACGGAACAAUUUGUUGAUUCGAUACUUCGGCAGAUCAUUCAUUCAGAAGCCGGAUAACGUGGAGAUUGGAGCAACCUGCACCACUGCUGUUACUCACGGGCCUGGAGCGAAAAUCUUGAGUCGGGCCGGACGAACUCUCCACGAAGUACAAAGUCAUCUUGAUCGAGAGGGAGCAUCCGACCUCGUGGUUGAACUCGUCAUCAAAAGUACACAUUCACCCUCCAUAUUCGUCGAAGUUGUCGAACUCGGUAUAGCUUUGCUGGAAGGUGGAAAUCCCAUUAUUCAAAAGAGUGUUUUCACCAAACUCAUGGCCGGAGAGCUCAGCCAAUCGUUCUUCAAAGUCUUCUACGAUAAGAUGAAAGAUUCUCAGCAAGAAAUUAAGUCCACCGUAACGGUCAAUACUUCUGAUAUUGCGGCUAAAGCUAACGAGGACAAGGAGCAGAGCAAAGAAUUGGAAAAGAUUUCGAAAAAACGAAUGUCUGCUGGGAAACCGAAUGGUAUUGUAAUAACCGAAGAAUUGAGGGAAGAGUUGAACCAAGCAGCGGCCUCAACCGCUCAAGCUUACGGUAACGUACGGAAUCUCGCUUCUGGUGAUGACGUGACGAAUAAUCCGGCUCUCGGGUAUGCCCUGGAGGAUAUGCUUGCAGAAAAACUUGAAAGGCAUCGUAGUGGAGCCGGCAGCGAAAGGGAGGAGGGUCAGCUUGGCACCAAGGUUCUCGUGAUGCAACCGAUUCUUCGUUUUCUUCAAUUGUUGUGCGAAAAUCAUAAUCGUGAUUUGCAGAAUUUCCUUCGCAACCAAAACAACAAAACGAAUUUCAACCUCGUUUCGGAGACUCUGAUGUUUUUGGAUUGCAUUUGUGGUUCGACGACCGGCGGACUCGGAUUGCUUGGACUUUACAUAAACGAGCAAAAUGUUGCGCUAAUUAAUCAAACCCUCGAGACCCUCACGGAGUAUUGUCAAGGGCCUUGUCACGAUAAUCAAAAUUGUAUUGCAACCCACGAGUCGAACGGUCUCGAUAUUAUAACCGCUUUAAUUCUCAACGACAUUAAUCCUUUGGGCAAAACCCGAAUGGAUUUGGUCCUCGAAUUGAAGAAUAAUGCCAGCAAAUUACUACUCGCGAUAAUGGAGAGCCGAGGAGACAGCGAGAACGCUGAGAGAAUAAUGUACAAUAUGAAUCCGAAACAAUUGGUCGACGUUGCCUGUCGAGCUUUUCAUCAAGAAUCUCUGGACGACGAGGGCGACGCUGACGAUGCCUCUACGGACGGCGACGACGGUGUUUCUCCCAAAGAAGUCGGCCACAAUAUUUAUAUUCUGUGCCAUCAAUUGGCACAACAUCACAAAGAAUUGGCAGUUAUGCUUAAACCUUCCGAACUCAAUAACGCUGAUCCAAAAACGAACAAAGCUUUGAAGUACUAUGCGACUCACACGGCACAAAUUGAAAUCGUGAGACACGACAGAACUUUGGAGCAAAUAGUUUUUCCGAUACCAGAAAUCUGUGAAUUGAUAACGCUCGAUACGAAAUUGCGGGUUUUGAAUACUGCCGAGCGCGACGAUCAGGGCUCGAAGGUGUCAGACUUUUUCGAAAGAACCGAGGACAUGUUCAACGAGAUGAAGUGGCAAAAAAAAUUGAGAGGUCAACCGAUGCUCUUCUGGAUGAGCAGUUACAUGUCUCUGUGGAGUAAUAUUCUCUUCAAUUGUGCAGUCCUCAUAAACCUCAUUGUAGCAUUCUUUUAUCCCUUCAUCGAUUCCGUGCCUAAACUCAUUCCACACCUUUCGGGUCUCAUAUGGACCGUCAUGCUUUCCUCAGCUGUCAUAGUUAUUACUUUGCCUCGUGAAUCUGGUAUUCGAACCCUCGUCGCUUCGACCAUUCUGAGAUUGAUUUUUUCAAUCGGACCCGAACCUACGCUUUGGUUACUCGGUUUCUUGACUGUCAUCCUCAAAGUUGUACACAUGAUAAGUAUCAUCGGGAAUCAGGGCACCUUGACGAAAAGUGCGGAACAAAUUGUUAUGAAUGUUGAACUGUGGUAUCACAUGGCGUACCUCAUCUUUUGCAUCCUCGGUAUCUGCAUGCAUCCAUUCUUCUAUUCCGUUUUGCUCUUCGACGUUGUUUAUCGGGAGGAAACGUUGCUCAAUGUGAUAAGAUCAGUAACGAGGAACGGACGAUCCAUCAUCCUCACAGCAGUACUCGCGCUUAUUCUCGUUUACAUGUUUUCCAUUAUUGGCUAUAUGUUCUUCAAAGAUGACUUCUUGGUCAGUGUCGAUGAGGAAAUUAUUCCCGCAAUAACCGACCAAGUACCCAAAUCCUGCGAUGCCAAAGACACGGAAAAUUGCCAAGCAACCGAGACGCUUUCGCGAUACACUCGGAAAGAAAAUGAGAAAACUGCUGACGACGAUGAGCUGGUUAGCGUCGGUGGAGAGCUUAAGGAAAGAGCCUGUGAUUCUCUAAUUAUGUGUAUCGUUACUACGAUGAAUCAGGGUUUGAGAAACGGCGGUGGUAUCGGGGAUAUACUGAGAGCACCAUCCAGCACCGAACCACUGUUCGUGGCCAGGGUCGUAUACGAUUUGCUGUUCUUCUUCAUCGUCAUUAUUAUCGUUUUGAAUUUGAUCUUUGGUGUCAUAAUCGAUACGUUUGCCGACCUGAGAUCCGAGAAACAGCAAAAGGAGCUGAUCCUCAAAAACACAUGCUUCAUCUGCGGCUUGAACAGAUCGGCAUUCGACAACAAAACGGUGUCGUUCGAGGAGCACGUUAAGCACGAGCACAACAUGUGGCACUUUCUCUACUUUAUCGUGUUGGUUAAAGUUAAAGAUCCGACGGAGUUCACGGGUCCGGAGUCUUAUGUUUAUGCCAUGGUCAAGGAUCGUAAUCUCGAUUGGUUCCCGCGAUUGAGAGCCAAGUCUCUCGCUGCGGAUGAAGGUGAGGGCGAACAGGUCGAGCUCCGAAGUUUGCAAUCGCAAUUGGAAUCGACUCAACAGCUAGUCAAAUGUCUCUCGCAACAACUUACCGAAUUACGAGACCAGAUGACCGAGCAGAGGAAACAGAAACAACGACUCGGUCUGCUCAAUUCUGCAUCGGCGUUCCUUCAGAAUCCAGCACCGUAAAGUCGUUUAUCGUUUCAAUUUUAACACACAAACAUAAUAUAUAUCUCAGGUAUAUCCAAAUGUUCACCGUUAUAGAUCUCAAUUUGUUACCGAUGUGUGUUAAACGUAGAGAAAAAAAAACAAAAGCAGCACACACGAGCAGAAGGGCGAGCAGAGUUCGAGGCGCAUGAUAGUCGAAGUGACAAAUCGAUGGUCCGAAUAAGAUAGUCACUUUUUGUAUAGAGCCUCAAAACCGAGUCAACUACAUUGAGACACGAGUUUGACAACUGCAAUAACAGGUCGAAUGAAAGAAAAAGAAAGAAAGAGAGUGAACGAUCGAAUGCCACAAAUAAUCAUUGUCUGUAGCUCUCUUGAUACUUAAGAAUGUUAACUGUAACGCGAAAUAUCAUUCGGAUAUGCGCAUUUUCGAUGAUGGCACGAGAAAAAAAAAACUGUUGUUUUUCUAACGGACAAUCAUCGUUAAAUAUCAAAAUGAAAGAAAAAACUUAGGGAACAAUUUAGAGAAAGAAAAAUGUGUCGAACAGAGUAGAACGAAGUAGAGGGUUUGACCGUUUGCGUAUUUUAUCGACGUCUUUAUCUAGUAAUUGUUGAAAAUUGUAUGUGCGGCACAUGCAUAAGGUCGGUAGAGAAAUAGAUCUUUUAUUUUUUGUCUCUUUUAUAUUCUCUUCAUCGUCGAGAUUUUCGAAACCUUUUAAAUUUUAUAUCUCGUUUUUCACUUGCGAUAAAAACAGUCCUUGUUCAUGUUUUUUUUAUUUCUCAAAUACGCAAGGUUAACAUCUUGUGCACCUGUCGGGCUGUUUAUGAGAUUCUUUUUCUACUAGAUUUUGGAUUCCCGUUUUCGUGGAUUUGAUGAAGUAAUGUGAAUUCGUCGAAAAUAAUACAAAUUGAAUGUUGCGAAAAAGAACAAUGAAAUCAGUCACUUCUUCGUUGAUCGAAAGAUUUUCUCGUAUGUUACGAAUGUUCAAUUAUGUAAAUAGAAUAUAAAGUUGAUCAUAUCACGUUCGAACUAUAGACUUGUAUCAUUGUGUACGAUAUUAUCAUCAUUAUUAUUGUUAUUAUCAAUAAUAAUAUUAAUAUUAUUUGUUAUAACUGAUAUAAAAAAUACGAUUUUUUGUUUAAAUUUCUUUCACAUUCAAUUCUAUGUGCCAAUAGCGUGUAAUAAAGCUCACAGCUUCUUCAAUGUUGAAAAACCGA